AUGACGUCUGGUGAUGACAAUGGAUUGGUGGAAGUAUUGACUGAGUUAGCUUCCCAUAAUAUAUACAAAGAGUUGAAUAAAGAGGUUAGUAUUAAUGGUGACAGCGAUACUAACCUUUGCAAUGACUUAAAAACUACAAAUGUUGAGAUUAAAAAUCUUUGCUUUAAAUUCUUAAGAAAUUUGAAAAAUUUAUCAAAUAUGAAAAAUGAAGAAAAAAAUAUUAUGAUAAUUAUCGUUAUUUGAAUGUUUGGUUCCUCGGGAUAUGCGCACGGAAAACAUUUUACUGAAAUCCUCGAUAUAGGGAAUAAAUAUUACAAAAGCUUAGUUGAUCAUUUUUAUUUGAACGGUUAUGAAUACGAUUUCAAUAGGAUUAGAGAGAUGAAAUUUUUGCACGAUUAUUUUAAAAGUUAUGAAGAGAUUAUUAUGUGUAAAAAAUCUCCAGGAGAAUGCAACAAAUACAACAAAUACGUUAGUUAUAUUAAGAAUGUGUAUGACAAACAUUAUAGAGACUGUUGUUUUUUAUACAUUUGUAUUGAUGAAUUCUUUGAAUGUGAUAGCAAGUACAAUCCAACUACAAUCCUUUCUGUGUCAAGAGACAAUGCUGACAUAUCACAUGAUAGAAAAGAAUUUAACCAGACUGCAAAAGAUGGAAAACAAAGCAAUAUAGUCAUUUCGAAUUUAAACAAUAACAUGAAUAUUGCUUACAUGAAGUGUUUUAGUUCUUAUUAUGAAGAGAUCCCAAACAUGCAUUUCCUUCUAAAAAUGAAGCAGUUGUUUAUACUAAGUAUGGGAAAAAAUUGA